AUGGUAGCUAUCAUCGAGUUGCAGAUCGAUCUCACUGUCUUGGAUGUAGACGAGGAGUUUUACGCGGAAGAAGUCCAGGAGGACCAGUGGCUUGGGAAGGAAACGAGCCCACUUGCAUGGGGGGCAGAAGACCUUCAAUCCUAUAUCUUGGACAACUACGGCAAAUGGACGACAGCGAGCAAGGUAGAGGGAGGGCGCGAGCAAGGCAAGGGAGACAAGGCAAGCAGCAGGCCAGAGCAUGUCAGUGCGUUGCCUCUCAGAAAGCUUCCCGCGUCCUGCCGCAGCCAGUCGGAGCCCCUGGCGAGCAUCCGCAAGGACUACCUCACCCACGUUUCGGGGCAUCGACCCCAGCUGAGCAGGCCGAAGACUGCGAGGAGUCAGCCUCCCCUGUCUGCUCGCACGCCAUCUCAGAGCAGCGCGAUGAGUCAGACGAUGAGGAGACCGCUGACCGCUAGGACCUUGACGCACCAGACAGUAGCAAGCUCCUCCUCCAAACCCAGGAAGGUGAACAAGAAGCUUGAAUGCGGUCACUUGCUUCCGAACUGCUGGUCUCCUCUGCCUGGCGUGAAGGAGGAGAGAGAUAUGCUGGGGAUCCUGCGGCAGGCUGAGUCAAUGACGGGAAUGAAGGUUCCCACAGGGAAGCAAGCGCUUCUGAAGAACCCCGAGCUGCUCCAGGCCUACUCGACCAGCCGCAAGCAGCUGCAGCUGGCUCCGGCAGAUCAGUUGAGUUCCGACAGCAGCGACUCUGAGACAGAGAGCGAGGCUGCCAGCAAGCCAUCUGAGCCCGUCGACAACUCAUCGGGUCAGAUCAGAGAGAAAGCGACGGAGAAGCUGCUGGGAAUCCACGUGCUCAAGGCAGACCUUGUUUGCAAUGAGACGAGGGUGCAGUACUCGAAGCAAUACUUCCAGCGCUACCCCAAGCUGCUGGCUGAAGAAAACCUGGACAAGCGAGUCGGAGUCGUGGUUGGCUGGGACUCCAAUGCUCAAACCACCAUCGUGAAGUGGGAGGAUGGAACGAUCGAGUACUGCUGCACAGGCUUCUCCAAGUUGUUCUUCCUCAAGCUUGCGGAGGAGAAGGAAGAAGAGGAGCAGUCAGAGGUGGACACGAGUGAGAAGAUCGCACACCUGCUGCGCCUGCCGAGGUGGCAGAUAGCAGAGCGAGGAUCAGACAAGGGGAUCGCGCGACUAGUGAAGGAUGGCCUGCGAGCUCAGAAGGUCCGGGGCAUUCAGGAUGAGCUGCAGAGGAUGAGGCGGGUGCAGAAGCUGGUGCUCAAGGAGAACCCCCGGUCAGAAAAGUCCUCCAAGUUUCGCUCCAGGCUCCUGAGCACCCAGCAAGACUUCCUGCGCACACUCGACGAUCAGUCGGCCAUGGGAUCCUGGAUCGUCGUGAGCGCCAACGGCAGCGAAGUGGAGAUCCCUCCGUCGAGCUUGACGCCGACGAUGAUGGCGGCGUUCAGCAGAUCAAAGGUCUCUCUUCUAGACGAGGUGCGCAACGUAGUUCAGAGAGACACCGUACUGGCCAACAGGAGGCAGAAGGCGGAGGAGCAGGGGGAGCAGCUGAAGAAGAAGAGGGGGCGACGGCACCCCCUCGCUGGAGAAAGCGAUCCGAUGGACGUGAAUCAGAUGAUCAAGUACAACACGUCAAAGUUCAAAAUCCCUCUCAAGUCGCUCAUGAAGAGCAGGGUCGAGGACCUGGAGGUUGUCUUUCACUCCGUCUUCCAGUUCUUUGACUUCACCCGCUCCGGCGCCAUCUCCCUCAUCGACUUCGAGCGGGCCAUGACCAUGAUCGGAGUCCCCGGGCUCAAGAACAACUCGCACGUGUGGAUGAAGAAGAAGGUGGACCCGAAGCAGCGCGAGAUUGACUACGAGACCUUCAAGAGCAUGACUGUCAAGCUCAUAGAAGCCGCCAGAGACGGGAAGCCGAUGGCAAAGACGCCGAGCGACGCUGCUGCUAGUCCUGCAUGGACGGCGAGGUCAUGACCGAGGAUCGUUGUGCGCAUCGGAAGUUGUACUGGCAGCUUGAUGCGGUGCCACUUAGUACAACGAUGCCGCUGAUGCCUGUCACUUUCAAGUUUGGUGAACGAGGAGUUGUCAUCGCUAUCAGAACAGGCUGAACUGACAGUGAAGUCAGCAAGACUCUCAAGUGACGUUACAAACUAAUCAUGUGUGAUCAUAAACUCAUUGUCUCUC